AUGAAGCUUUUAUUUGUCCUUCUAGCGCUCUGCCUUCACUCUGCGUACAGCACAGAGCAGAAGAAACGCUCUGCACCGAUUCCCGUAAGACACUCAUACUCAGAAAUUACAAAGAGCGUAGCGAUUGCCGUACCACAUCCCGUACCUGUCAGCGUCCCACGACCAGUACCUGUAGCUGUUCCAGUCGGAGUAGCAGUGGAUCGGCCCAGACCGGUCCCUGUACUAGUACCUCAGCCGGUACCUCAUGUGAUCACUCGACCGAUAGCAGUUCCUGUAGACAGACCGUAUCCAGUAGCCGUGGCUCAACCUGUACCAGUUACUGUAACUCAGGGAGUUGGUAUCCCCGUACCACAGCCGUAUGCUGUUGGUGUACCAGCGCCUGUACCUGUCAGAGUACCGGUGCCAGUGCCAGUAGCUACUCAAGUUGUAGGUGUCGGAGGGGGAAUAGUAGCUGGUUCGCUGGGAGCUGGUUAUCUAGGGGGAUAUGGGUACCCAAGUUAUGGGUAUGGAUAUGGUGGGUACGGUGGAUACCGAGUUGCUCCGGUUGGAGGUAUUCUUGGAUCAGGACAUGGGUAUUAUUCACGUGGAUGGUGA